AUGCCGUCAACUGUUGAGAAAAUGGAGACUGAGGAGUACGGUAAGCCCGAUCCAAACCGACUGACGACGAAGCUUUUCGCGGAGUACGAUGCUCUGCACGAGAAGCAGCAAAACGGUAUGGAUGAGAAGAAAACGAUGGAGCUGUUGGAGCCAUCGGAAGUUUUUGAAAUUUAUUCUCCAGCCACCAUGGAGAUCAUUUCGAUUGCGAAGGAAGAAGGAGACAUUCUCAGCGACCAAUCAUUGAAAUUUCUCAACGAGGCGCUGAGAUAUACCGUUGUUCCACGAGGAUAUUCUCCACAAGGAGUUGAUGCUCGAACCACUGUGAAAAACGUCGCAACUAUCACAAAGGAUUUGGUUGACAUUGGAAAGAUUGUUUUUGAAAAGUUUCCCAAAUAUCUUCAGUUCUUUGGUCCAUUCGGAUCACUUCUGAAAGAUAUUCUCGACAUGACGAAACCAGAAAAGAAGGAUCCUGUGCUUGAAGAGUUGGGAAAUCUCAAGAGUCAACUUGAAUCGCUCUCGCAAAAGAUGGUCGUCCAAUUUGACGAAUUGAAAGCGUUUAUGGUGGAGAAAGAUUUCUAUAAUAAUUACGCACACAAGGCUUCUCUUCUUUUUGACUACAUGAUUGACUGUGUGGCGACUAUUGACACGAAAACUAAGGAGAGAUUUGAAGAAUGCUACAACGAAAUUAAACCAGAGAGAUAUGUCAGAGAUAUGUUGAUCAAGCUGGAGUCGGAUGUGACAAACCCUCUCAAAGUUAGUAUGGCGGGAGACGAGCUGACUUCAAAAGCAACAUUCCAAAAGUGGAAAGACGUGCUCAAUAGCACACUUUCACAAUUCUUACUCUUGGAAUGCUUCGCAAUGGGAUUUCUUCAUCCAAAAGACGAAAGUGACAGUAAGAAAAUAAUUGAGAAGAUAACUUACUACACUACUCUGGUCGAACAAUGGGAGAAACAUUAUUUGAACGAUAGACCAUACUGGCCGAAACUCAAAAAGUACGUGGAGAGAAUUCAAGGAGAAGGAUCGUUUGAUAAGGACGAAGACAUGGCCACCGAGCUCAAAAAAGGAUUAGAUUCUAUUCUCACAGAGGACAACUUCUAUCUGUAUGUUUUCGAGAAAAACGUUCACUACGAGAUUCACGUCGUGAAACCCGAAAUGGUGUUUGUCUCGACAAAUCGCGGAAAGUUCAGCGUGAUCAUUUCUCGUGCAUUUGAGCACAGUGAGUACACAUGUGGACAAUAUUGGAAGAAACUGGAUAAUAUUAUGUAUCGGAGAAUUGAAAGAAGCAUUUGGUAUGCUUUGGAGACUCAUAUGAAGGAGUUCGUUCAAUGGGCAGUGGCAUCAUAUGCGAAGAACGACUUCAAGGGUUGCUCAUACUUCUUGGCAUUUUCUUCCAGAAAUGUGGCUGUCAGAUGGACAAGAAAACAUGGGGCUGAAAAAGGUCCAGGAUUCAUCAAUUGGGAUGGACAACUGACUGUUUUCAAUGUCACCACUGGCACGUGGAAUAUGCUCUACAUGGUUGGAGAGUAA